CUCUCGGGGAGGGUACGCGUGGGUGCCUCCCUCUGCACUGGCAGCGACUCUGCCCCCUUCCCACUUCCUCUCCCCCUGGCGCCCCGGCCCGGCUGCGCGGCCCGACGGAAGGGGAUUAGCGCUCGCGCCUGCCCCUCUGGCUGGGGCGUGCGUGCGGGGCUCGGAAGAUGGAGGGCUACGGGCUCUUCCUCGUGCUGCUGGUCUCGGCGCUGCUGCUUGGCUUCCUCUCCGUGCUCUUCGCCCUCAUCUGGGUCUUUCAUUACCGGGAGGGGCUCAGCUGGGACGGGGGCUCGGCGGAGUUCAACUGGCACCCGGUCCUCAUCAUCACCGGCUUCGUCUUCAUCCAGGGGAUCGCCAUUAUUGUGUACAGAUUGCCAUGGACCUGGAAAUGCAGCAAACUCCUGAUUAAAUUCAUCCAUGCUGGGUUAAAUACCAUAGCAAUGAUUCUUGCAAUUGUUUCUCUGGUAGCUGUUUUUGAUUUCCACAAUGCCAAGAACAUUCCCAACAUGUACAGUCUGCACAGCUGGAUUGGACUGGCUGCUGUUAUAUUUUAUACUCUGCAGCUUGUCUUAGGUUUUGCUGUCUUUCUGCUGCCCUUUGCUCCAGUUUCUCUUCGAGCAUCUCUGAUGCCAAUACAUAUUUAUUCUGGCCUUCUCAUCUUUGCAACAGUGAUUGCAACAGCUCUCAUGGGAUUCACAGAGAAACUUAUUUUUGCUCUGAAAAAUCCAGCAUAUAGCACAUCUCCACCAGAGGCGAUUUUUGUCAACACUCUUGGUCUUCUGAUUCUAAUCUUUGGUGCUCUUAUUUUGUGGAUGGCAACAAGACCCCACUGGAAGCGCCCACCAGAACAGAAUUCUAAAAUUCAGCAACCAAAUGGAGGGACACCUGAAGGUACAGAAGAGGAAUCCACUAUGACAGACUGCAGCAAUACAGAUAAAUCUGAUGUGGAGUUCAAUAGUGAAGCAGCAGCCAGAAAACGAAACCUCAAACUUGAUGAGGUAGGGCAAAGGUCUACCAUGUAAAGGGAGUACACAGAAUUGCUGUAGUCUUACAUUAUAAAAAAAGCUAUUCCUAUCCAGCUAUUGAUUACAUUUGGUAUUUAAACAGGGAAUUUCUAUCAGGCUUGCUUAAUGCAGUUCAAUUUUUCUGUACAACUAGCAUGAGCUGAAAAGGUCUCUAAAAUUCAGUAAGACCCACAUUUGUCAUGACAUUUCUUAUUGUAUCUCUGUCUAAAAGAAUUGGGGACUGGGAUGAAAAAUCAUGUUGAGAUUUGUGCCUUUUAAGAAAAAUGUAGUAUGUUUGGAAUAAGGACGGAGUUUAAAAAAGCAUCUAAUGGGAAAAUUUCUAGAUCACAUCUUAAUUUAUCGGUUGUUUCUAUGCAGUUCACUAGUUUCUUUAACCAGUUAUUAUGACUGGGACAAAAUGCUGCCCCGAGUUAUGCUGUGAAUGGGCAUAAAUGAGAGUUGUAUAUGCACAGCUGAGUGCAGAAUUUAUCCAAUAGCACAUGCCUAUGUUGUUUUAUAAUAUUGUUCGACUUUCUUAAGGGCCUGAUUCUCAAGCAUUUUUCAGAAUCACAUUGUAAACGUUUUUGGCCAAAAGUUUUGAAAUUAGGAAAGAAAUUAAACAGAAUUUUUGUUGAAAUUUUCACUAAAAUGUCAUGUUGUUUUUGACCAGCUUUUUCCAUUUAUUUUUUUAAUGAGAGUUCAUCAACAUUUUGAAUUGGUUUUAAACCAGCUCUAGUAAAUGUAUAGAUUUAUAGCCAGCACUCACCCUUGGAUACACGUGAUUGCUACUGAAAUCCAUGGGAGCUACAAGUAGACAUCUAAGGGAAGCGUUUGACCUGUCUUGAAAUGUAUGCAGUUUUUGCAUUCACUUCAUUAAUAGAAUUACAAAAACUAUGUAUUGGGUCAUUGAAUCCAUCCCUUUCCCUUGGCCUCUGGUACCAGUACAGUAUGGUCCUUUGUGGUUAUAUCUUAUAAGCUAAUAUUUUGAAGCCUUUUUUCUUUUUGUUUUAAUCUGGAAGAGUAAGAUGAAGAAAGCAGUGUCUAAUGGUUUAAGCACUGGAGUAGAAAUCAGGGCAUAUGGGCUAUGUCUACACUUCAGUUAGAAUCCAGUGGCUAGUCUGUGCCAGAUGACUGGAGCUUGGGCUAAGGCUGUUUAAUUGCAGUGUAGACAGCUGGCAUGCGCUAGUGGCAGGUUUUUAAUUACAGUGUAGACAUAUACAUGGAUUCUGUUCCCACCUCUGCCACUGGCUCACUCCAAUCUUAGGCAAAUCAUAUAACCUCUGUCUUACUUUCUUCAUUUGUAAAUUGAAGAUUUAUGUAAUCCUUACCUUAGGCAAUUAAUUUAACGUUUGUAAAAGUGCUUUGCACUUCUAUAGCUUCUUCUGACAAUCAGUAUUAAUGCAUUACUUUUAUCUAAAAUCUCUCUCAGAUAUAAAAAUAAACAUUGCUUUUACUCACUUGCAUAAUUUUAGAAGAAUGGAAAACUACUCUCAUAGAAAAAUAAUUAUAGUGGAUGGCUUUGUGUGAUUUUAAGUGUCCAAAGUGAUUAGCUUUUCUCUUGCAAUCUGCUUGUAAGGGUUGCCAAAUUUACUUUUGGAAUCCUAGUGUCUAGGGCUAAAAUCAUAUUGACAAGUGGCAUGACUACUUCAUGUUUACCACUAUUCAUGUUGCAAAGAGCUCUAGACUAGACCUGUGGACACUAUACCACUUUCCAUUUCUUCUGAAGACUAUUUUCAUUUUGAUUUAUUUUUCAGCUUCUCACAUAUAUUUAAACACAUUAGGAUCCCACAAAUAUUUUAAACUUUCUAGCUCAAAGUGAUGCAUUGACGUACAUAGUUUUGAUUGCUUAUUGUUAUUUUAGGUCUCCUUUGAGAUAAUAAAGCACCUUGUGUCACGAGCUUGGGUCUGUAAUAACACUGAAUCAUUUGACAAUACAAGAAAAGCUAGUAUAUUAAUUCUUAGAAAAAUUUCUCUACAGUUCUGUUUUGGUAAACAAGGUUUAUAUCCUAGGUUUCUGUAUCACUUACAUAUAUGUCUGACAGAGCUUAAAGUCUUAAUGUGUGCUUGAUCUUAAUAUAAUUGCUUAGAAAAAGAUUUCUACACACAUUGUUUAAAAAAAAAUCAUAUUAUUGACAUCUGCCAUUUCCUCUUAGAAAACAUAUGGCCUUAGGAGAUCAGAAACUUUUACACAUUUUAAUGUAGAACUCAGAUAUGAGAAGGGAAAAUACUUUCUUCCCAUUGCCUGAUCAGACCUCCAGUCCCACUCUUUGGGCUUGUCUACACUACCCACCGGAUAGGGUAUAGACGCGAUAAAUCGACUGCUGAGUGCUUUCCUGUCGACUCCGGUACUCCACCAGAAUGAGAAGCGGAAGCGGAGUUGACAGGAGAGUGUCAGCUGUUGAAUUACCACAGUGGAGACACUGUGGUAAGUAGAUCUAAAUACGUCAACUUCAGCUACGCUAUUCACGUAGCUGAAGUUGCGUAUCUUAGAUCGACCCCCCGCGGUAGUGUAGACAAGCCCUUAGUAAAAGAGAGGGCUGCUGCUUCCAUCUUUUUAAAGUAUACACUAGGUAUGUCUAUAUUUCCCAAAACAAUCUGGAUUCACUAAGAAUCCCCCUGUAGUCUGAGUCUAAAAUCAAGAAGGCACUCUGCAUUCAUGGUAAUGUUUGUUAAGAUAAGAGGAAAAGUGAGGAAAAUUAGAGUACUUGUCAAAGUUCACUGUGACCAAUUUAUAUGUCCUUGAAUUUACUGCAUCCUAUUAUGGCUGUACAAGUUACACAUGAGAAAGGAAGGAUCACCGUAAUUUACACAAUGUGCUAAAUUGCACUGUGUUUUUUCCUAUGAUUUUUUCAUAAUCGGAUCAAUCUACAGUGUUUUUUGAAAGCUUGACUCAGUGAGCACCCGAUACCGGAAUAAGGCCUUUAACAAAACAAAACAAAAAACAACAAAGAUGCUUUAGUGCUUAUAAAAGGUGCCAUCUUAACUCUGGAGGCUGGAUUCCUGUGUUUAUCUAUAGAGCAGGUACAGCACAGAAAGCAGUAGUUCAAAUGUCUACAAACUUGCCAACUCUUGUGUCUCAGCCACCUGUGAUAUGUAAUACAUUUUUAAUAUCCAUUUAAUCCUUCAUGCACUGCUGAGACUGCUAAUAUAUGUGACAUCUGACAUAAUAAAGAUAUAAUAAAUGUGGGUCUUUUGUGUGCAAUAUGGACACCUGCCCAGGAAGUGGCCUGGAAUAGACUAAUUUCACAUGAGACAUAGCACAGUAACUAUUUAAUCACUUCUAACUUGGGCUAUGGUGGAACCAGAAACUUACAGGUGAAAAGUUCUGCAUUCUGUUAACAGUGUCUUGAGUUAUACUAGUGACUAUGCCUUUUAUUUUCUAUUUGCUACCUAUACUGUCUAAGAUUAACUUAAAAUUAGUUGUAAUGAUACAGUUUAAAAGAGCAGUAUCACUUUUUUCCCCUUCCUAUGAAAUACAUUAUAAAAUCUUUCAUUCUAAACUGAUAAUAAAAUAACAUUUCUAUCCCAAUUCAAAAAUGCUUCUUUUAGUUCUGUCCUGGAAAAAUAUCUUUAAAAUAAAGCUGCUUUAAGGACUGAAGAAAAAAUGUUCACCUUUUAAUCAAUUAAUUCCUAAAAGGCAAUGGAAAUCUCACAUCCUAACUUAAAUUAUUACACUGUAAGUGGAGCAGGUUAGCUUACCUCUCAUCAUAGGGUAUAAUAGGGUAUUUCUCAGAGCAAUUUGUCAAGAAAUAUGCAUUCAGAGACCUGUUAAAUCUUACAUCAGAUAAAUAAACUGCACAUAUUCUUGCUCUGUUUGAAAAAUGUUAUAAAUAUGUAACUUGUAUUACCUCUAGUAAAAUGUGAUGUGCAAAACCAAGUUCAAGUCUUGUAGAAACGUGGAACCCGAAGGUCAUUUUCAAAGGCAAAAAUGGGAGUUAAGACCACAGCUUCUACCAGCUUUCAACUGGAUGCCUAACUGUGCGUUUGAAAAUGUCCCUCUAAACUAUUAGACUUUUAAAGGGAGACUGUCACAGAGCUUAGACACCAAUUUUGGAUUUGUGUAACACUAUAUAUAAAUAGGGGGUGAGGAAGGCUACAAAACCUAAAAUAAACAAGUAUUUUCUUUUAAAUUGAAUGAAAACAGGAUAACUUUUAAUGUAUUUAAAUGCUUCCCUGCAGUACUAGGCAUUGAGACAUAACAGCAUUUUGUUCCUCAUGAAUGCAACCGAAAAAAAGGGAAACUGAGAACUAAAUUCACUCUUCUGAGUGAAUGCCAGCACUAGACAGCAUAAAUUAUUGAAAAUUAGAUUUAAAAAUAAUUUCUAUUUUGAAUAUUUAAAGUGGUGGUAAUGAUUUUUAAGCUAAAAUGGAGUUGAAUAAAACCAAAUAGCUGAACGUACAAGAAUUACAUGUAAAUUUCUCUGCCACAGAUAAUGAAGAUGAUUGCGUAUGAGAUUGUAAAUAAGGAUUAACAAUGUACAUGCAAAUUACAACCCGGGAUUUUAGUGAGAUGGUAAAAGAACAUUACCAAAAUAUUUUCUAUUUCAUAAGAGUUCUUUACUCUAUUUCAGCUUAUUUAUAAGAAACUGAAGCAACUGAAUGUUUGAUCAUUUGCAUUGCUUAUUUGUAGAGGAAAAGAAAAAUGUUUUAUUACAAUGUAUAUUUCCUUACUCUUUUUUGUAUGUCAAUAAAAAGUAUUUUUGAAGCUUGCAAUACUA